UUUAACUUAAAAGCUUCUUGAAUCCAUAAUAUUUAAAGCAAACCAGACCAUCUUGAUUUCCAUCAAACCUUCUCAAAGGUAUUUACUAUUCCUAUAGCUUCCCUCUUGCCUCCCAAAGCCUCAUGGCAACCCAAAACUCAACUCCGCUGCCCCUCAAGGCCAUAACAUACCUAUUCCUUCUAGCUCUUGCAAUAACACACACCACCUCAGCCAGAGUCCUUGAUGAGGAAACCGAUACGCCUCAAACCCAAAUACCUGUUUCCACCGUACCUCCUUCUGUGGUCGGUGCCACGUCAGCGGGCCCUCCUCCUGUUGUCAGUGCCACGUCAGCAGGCCCGAGCGCCACAGUGGCCAAUGGAGAGUCCUACCAUCCGCUUUCAUUCUUUCUGCAUGAUAUAAUUGGUGGCACCAAUCCCUCAGCGAGAGCUGUGACUGGGAUUGUGACCAACCCAGCUGUCAAUGGCCAAGUCCCCUUUGCCAAACCCAAUGGGGCAGUUGUCCAAGGCGGGAAUAAUGGCAUUCCCCAAAACAACAACAACAAUGGUAUCAUCAACAAUAACAAUGUCCCCUUCUUCACUGGCCUCGGAGGAAACAUCAACAACAACCUCAGACAAAACAACAACAACUUUAUUGGCGGGAACAAUGGGUUUCCCGUUGUGAAUGGGGCGCAGCUCCCGCCAGGACAGUCCCUUCAGAAGCUCAUGUUCGGCACACUCACGGUCUUUGACGAUGAGCUCACUGAAGGGCAUGAGCUUGGCUCUGGCUUGUUGGGCAAGGCACAAGGAUUUUACGUUGCUAGUUCCGAAGAUGGGAGCAGCCAGACCAUUGCUUUCACUGCUAUGUUUGAGAGUGGUGGGUAUGCUGAUAGCCUCACAUUCUUUGGGGUUCACAGAAUAGCUGCUUCAGAGUCUCACCUUGCAGUUAUGGGAGGGACAGGGAAGUACUUGAAUGCAAAAGGGUAUGCUUUGGUUAAGACCAUUAAUGGAGUGAAUGAGCAAAAUACUGAUGGAAUUGACACUGUUCUUCAGUUUACUGUAUAUCUUAGUUACUAGUGUGUGCCUUAAGGUUAUGUAAGUUGUUGUAAUGUGUUUGCUAUUUCAUCUCUCUGGAUCAGUGUGAGACAUCCUUGUGACUUAAAUUGCAGCAGUGAUUGUAUACAUAAACUCAGUUGUUUAAUUUUCUUUCA